AAUCAAGUGUGGAGUAGGAGUGUCUUCAUCUCAAACCCCGAACCUAAUUAAGAAUAUGCCUUCCUUGUUAUUAUUGUUAUUUCUGAUUCAAGUAUGGCCAGUGAGGCCACAACAAGCUGGUAAAAACAUAUUUAUAUUGGCCGGACAGAGCAACAUGGCUGGACGGGGUGGCGUAGUAAACGACGCCUGGGACGGUGUCGUUCCUCCACAGUGCGGUCCAAAUCCGUCAAUUCUGAGGCUCGACGCACAGCUGAGGUGGGUGGAAGCGCAUGAACCGCUCCACGAGGACAUCGAUACCAAGAAGAAAAAUGGGAUUGGGCCAGGGAUGGCAUUUGCAAAUUCGGUCUUGGACAAAAACCCCGGUUUUGGUGUGGUGGGUUUGGUCCCUUGUGCGAUCGGAGGCACCACCAUAAGCCAGUGGGAACGGGGAAAAGUGCUUUACAAUCACAUGAUGAGAAGGGCUAAGGAAUCAUUGCGCAAUGGUGGCAGUAUUCGAGCCCUGCUUUGGUAUCAAGGGGAGUCUGAUACAGUGACUCUAAAUGAUGCCCAAUCAUACCAAAGAAGAGUCCACAAGUUCUUCUUGGACGUUCGUGAUGAUCUGCAGUCUCCUUUGCUUCCUAUUAUCCAGGUGGCUUUGGCAUCAGGAUCAGGCCCAUACAUAGAGAUAAUAAGGCAAGCUCAGCUGGGUAUUGACCUCUUAAACCUGAGAACAGUGGAGGCUCAGGGUUUGCCACUUGAGCCCGAUGGGCUUCACCUUUCGACUCCGGCCCAGGUUAAUCUUGGGCAGAUGAUGGCUGAUGCAUUCCUUCAGUUCGUAGCCUCUUCAAAUACAAAUCAGUCCGUACCCACUUCAAAUCACAAUGUUACUGCUAUACAUAAUGAGGCUUCCACUGGGCUUUAUGACUGUGGCUCUGAUAUUUAUUUGUUCCCUUUGUUCGUAACUUUUUUAACCAUAAUGUCCCUGACUUUCUUAUAGUAGGCUUCAUUUUUCAUUAUUAUUUUCAUCCCGAGGCAAAAACACAA